UAACUUGAGAUUAUAUUCUUGAAUAGGCUCUAACAAUUCUUUAUUCUUUUUCCUACCAUGUCCAAGAAGAGUCAAACAAUGGACGUGGCGAAAAUCGCUGUCAAUCUAGUAACCAAGUGGCCAACUAAACAGCAAGUGACCUUGGGAUCAUUAUGGCAAGAGCAAACAAGUGUCAUCUUCUUCAUGCGACGAUUUGGGUGAAUGUUCUGUCGGCUGGCAGCGCAGGAAUUGAGUCUACUCAGUCCUCGCCUCAGCCGAGAGAAUGUCCGUCUGGUCGGUAUCGGACUUGAAGAGUUGGGAGUGGAAGAAUUUGUGGAAAAGAAAUUUUGGGCUGGAGAGUUGUACAUAGAUGAAAAAAAGAAGUCAUUCAAUGACUUGGGAUACAAACGUUUUUCCAUUUGGAGCUUACCUGGUCUUUUGUUGAGUCGAAUUGCACGCAGCCAAGCAGCCUUGGGCAAGGAGAGAGGAGUAGGGGGAGAUCUACGCGGGGACGGUUACCAAAACGGAGGUCUAUUAGUCGUGGGCAAAGGAGGAAAAGUACUUUAUUCUUUCGUUCAAGAGAAUCCUGCCGAUCACGCCGCCAACGAAGACAUCCUCAAGGCCUUGAAUUUGAGCGCUGCUGGUAGUGAACAAGCCUCUGCUUCUUCUACUGCGACAUGCGGGGACGGAGAUGUUUGUAGCGUGAAACCAAAAUCACCGGCUUCUGAAUAAGACUGACCCACAUUGAAACGGAAAAGUCUAUUCAACUUUAUGUUGUUGUUUUUUUUUGUAAUAUCGCGGCUGUUCUUUGAGCCUUGACCUUUUUUUUUUUUUUGUUUUCUGUCCACCCCAAAAUAUUCUCCGACAUGUAUCGUCGGUAUUUUGCAUGUUUUGUUUUUGACUUUUGUUUCCUUACCUAAAAAUGAUGGACGAAAAGCAUCGACUUGUCUAUUUGUGAUUCGUGAUGGUCUUGAUGACACCUCUUUUAUUUUCAAGUCUGAAAAAGUGCUGUGCACUGGACGGGAGGUUGAAAUGUAGAGUCAACGUGAUUUGUGUGUGCGAUUCCGUGAACACAACUUGUUGAUAUUCUGACCUGAAACGUUUGCCCAAAUCUUGCGCUCGUCUUUGGCGCGUCCAGCUGUUUUUCUUUCCAAUAAAUGGCUAUACAAAA